GCAGUAACUGACAGUUUCACCAAAAUGGUGGCAUCACAGUUGAAUGCGAUUGCGAUUAGUGGUGGUUCCUGGUUGCUGAUGCUGGUGUUGUUGGUGUUGUUAUUUUGUGGUUUUGUUUGGCAUCGUCAACGAAAAGGAAAGAAGAAAACCAGAUUUUGUUGCGAUUUUCUUCUUUGGCGUUGAUAGCUGGUGUAAAAAAUCGUAAUCCAUCAAAAGGGUAUUCUUAAAAACAUCGACAAAUUUUAACAGAAGUAUUUAGCAGAAUGGAACCGAAGCGCUGCAAAAUCGAGCCAGAAACAGAAGAGGCCGAAGGUGCUUUGCUUGCUGUUGAAAAUGGUGAUAAUGAAGGUGCGGAAUGCAAUAAAAGCAACGAAAAUGGUGAACUGCAGUCACCACAAGCUCAAACGCGAUGGACACCGGAAUGCACGCGAUUAAUGUUACAGAUGCGUUUCGAAAGGCAACUAGAAUUUCAACAACGCCUACGCCAGAAAAAAGAACUUUGGUCUGAAAUCGCUACUGAGAUGAGGCGGCAAGGAUUAUGCGAUUCUUCAUUAACAGCAGAGGCUUGCGAUCUUAAAUAUCGCAACAUGCUGCAAACAUAUAAAAAGAACCGAUUAAAGGAAGAUAGUGGAUUGCAGUCACUAAUAGCUUGGGAAUAUUAUGAGCUCUUUAAGGAGGCACUGACAGCGGGUGAUGACCUGGAAGCAGCCCAAGUAGGACAAGAUCGUGUUGUGCCAUCAUUAUUAUGUGAGUCAGUGUGCGAAGCGGGAAACGAAGAUGAGGCAUGGUUAGUAGCCAAUGAAAUAGACUCGGAACUCUCGACAGCUGAAUCAGUAGCUGACCCCCCGAAAGUAUUGGAAGAUAUAGAUUCCAUGUCAAAUAUGAAACCUGCACCCGUCAUCAGCAGAAAGCGCAGUAGAAGAUGUGCUUUGAAUGCCUCAAGGUCAAUAGGAAAUUUAUAUGGUGUUACAACAGCAACAACACCUGUAAAAACCGAAGCGAUCAAUCCUGCUGAGCAAGAAACAACAAAUUUAACUGAUAACUUUAAGGGAAGCUUCUCAUACGCGGCGUCAAAAGAGGAACCACCAAUGUUCAAUGGAAAGUCCGAUACUGCUGACCGUCCGCAACGUAGGCGUGCUGCAAUACCGAGUAUCAAUAUCGAUGACGUAGCUGUAGGGCCAGACCCACAAAUCGAAACUCCUUUGGCUACCGUACAUAACGGGCCAAUCAUAUCCUCCGCCUCAACAUUGCCAAUUCCACCAGUGAUGCAUGCGUCGACAACACAACCACAAAUGCCACCAACUGUUGUACCACCGCUGAACCAAACGCCAAUAACUAUGGUUCAAUCCGAUCCUUUGCAAGCUAUACCUAUUGGUUUAGCGCCGUCUGAAAUGCGUGAGUGUCUGGUAUUCGGGGAGAGUAUUGGAUUGCAGCUGGCACAUGUCAGAGAGUCCCAUACGCGAGCAAUGGUGCAAUAUAAAAUACAGGAAUUGCUUUAUUUGGCGAAAACUGGUAAACUUGUUGAACCAGUUCGCGUCUGAAAAUUCAUUUGGCAAUAAUGAUCAACAGAGAA